AUGACGAGAAAUAUAAGCGACGACGAUUUCGAAGUUGUAAAUUCUAUAUUCGCUUCAAUAAAACGAAAAAUUUCAAUUGACGAAAAUCAUUGUCCAGCUUUUAAUAUAACUAUUAAAGCAUUAAUUGCUUUAAAUAAUAAUCCUAGUAAUCUUGAUACAAUAAUUAAAUGUAUCGAAAUUUAUAAAUUUUGCCCCACAAAGAAAAAUCUCAGAUUAGAAGUGAGAAAUGCAUUAUCGAAACAUGUAAACAUUAUGGAAACCCAAAUUUUUCGAUCAAAAUUAUUAAAAAAAGUUACAAUGGAUAAUAGUGAUGAAAUUUUUUAUCAGAUCGAGGACAACGAUAACUCAUUAGGAAAAUUAAUAUCACAUGCAAAUCUACCAACCAUUAUCGAAGAAGAAAAUUUGCAGAAUUCGCAGAGUAAAUCAAUCAAAAUGAAUAAAAAAGAAGAUAAUUAUAAAGUUGAUCAAAUAUUUUCUAGUGUACAAAAGUGGAUAGAUCAACGGAAAGAAACAGAAAAUAUUAAUGAUGAAUUAAAGGAUAGGUCAAAGGGUGAAGAAGAAGAAUUCAAUAAUAUAGAAAUAAUUAAUGAUAUUCCUUAUGUCGAUGAAACAAUAGAAUCAGAGAAUAGUUUAAAGGAUGAAGAAGAAGAAGAAUUUAAUAAUAUGGAAAUAAUUAAUGAUAUUCUUCAUGCAGAAGAAUUUAAUAAUAUGAAAAUAAUUGAUAAUAAUUAUCAUUCCGAAAAAAUAAAAGAACCAAAGAAUAGUUCAAAUAAUAACUUUAAUUAUCAUGCUGAAGAAAUGAAAGAGUCAAAAAAUAGUUUAAAAAAUACAGAAGAAUUUAAUAAUGACAUGGAAAUAAUUAAUGAUAGUCCUAAUACCAUAGAAUCGAAUAGUUCAAAGGAUGCAGAUGAAGAAUUUGAUAAUAAUAAUGAUAAUGAAAUAAUCAAUGAUAGUUCUGAUUUCGAAGAAACAAAGGAACCAAAAAAUAGUUUAAAUGAAGAAGAAUUUGAUAAUAAUAAUAAUAAUAAUAACAGGGAAAUAAUUAAUUAUGUCGAAGAAGAAACGAAAGAAUCAAAGAAUAGUUCAAAGGAUGCAGAAGAAGAAUUGAACAAUAACAAGAAGGAAAUAAUUUAUGAUAAUUCUAAUUCCGAAGAAACACACGAAAUAAUUACAACAGAAAUAGUAAAUAAUAAUAAUAAUAAUCAUAAUUUUGAAUACAUAAAUGAAAUUAAUGUGGACAAUGUCAUCACAAUGCAAGUAACCAAUAGAUAUAAUGCAGACGAAGUAAAUUCCAUGAUAGAAAUUAUAAAUGAUACUCAAGCUAAGAAUGUCAAAGAGAUUAAUAUGAAUAAUACCAAAAUAACAGAUGAUAAUCGAUACUCCAAUGAUAUAACUAAUAUUAGUAUAAUAAAUAUUAAUCCCUAUUCUGAUAAUAAUACAAAUGACGCAAAUGACACAAAUAAUAGUAUAAAAGGCAUUAAUUCGGGAAAUAGUAAAUCUUAUGAAUCAUCUAAUAAUGAUCAAGAAAUCACGAUAAUCAAAUCACCAAAUAUCAAUUCGAACUGUUUGACUGCAUGCAAAACAAACAGCAUUCAAAAGUGGAUUUCUCAAGUUAAUAUGGUAACACCUUCAAUUUUUCAAAAAGUUAUUGAUGAUUCUUCUACAAUAUCCACAAUUAAAUCUAGUGAAGUAUCAUGUAAAACAGUAAGAACAGAUGAAUCAAUAAUUGUUGUUGACAAAACAAAUAAUUAUAAUGAUGAUAAUUCUAAUUCUAAUUCUAAUCCUAAUUCUAAUCCUGAUUCCAAUUCUAAUCCUGAUUCUAAUUCUAAUCCUGAUUCUAAUUCUAAUCCUGAUUCUAAUUCUAAUCCUGAUUCCAAUUCUAAUCCUAAUUCUAAUUCUGAUCCUGAUUCCAAUUCUAAUCCUGAUUCUAAUUCUAAUCCUGAUUCCAAUUCUAAUCCUGAUUCUAAUUCUAAUCCUGAUUCUAAUUCUAAUCCUGAUUUUAAUUUUAAUAAUUCCAAUUCUAAUAAUUUCAGUUAUAUGACAAAAUUACCUAUUGAUCCAUAUUUUACAUCAUUUCCUUAUUAUAAUCAAUAUUAUCCACAACAAUAUUUUAAUUCAUACACUUUACAAAAUUCUGUUCAAUAUCUUAAUAAUCAAAAUUUAAAUUCUUUACAAUAUUUUAAUCAAAUUAAUCAAAUUAAUCAAAUUAUGUCGUUCGUUUUUGAUUCUCAAGCUUUUUUUAUAACAAAUAUUCCUCCAGAUAAUCCAAAUAAGACUGUAAAAGAUACUAAAAUGUCACAUAGUAAAGUAACUCGCUCACUUCCUACAGUGAUAAAUACUAAGACCAAUAAUUUACAACCUCGACCUCCUUCCCCAGUUGACUUGUUAUCCUCAACUCCACCUAGUAUUACUCGCGUAUUGGCCUAUACUUCUCCUGUAAUACAUUUAUUUUCAUAUUUUCUAUCCUUAUUGACAUGGUCAACGAGAAGUUGGUCAGAAUCAUGUUUACUGAUUACAGCUUGGUGGACAAUUUGUCUAUAUCCAAAAAUUAUAUUAAUUUAUGGAAUUCCUCUAAGCCUUUUUCUCUUAAUUGGUUGGCGUUGGGUUGAGAAAGGAAAGAGUGAAAGAUUAGGUAAAUCUAGUUUAUCGUCACAAGCAACUUCACAAGCAGAUUUAAAUCGAACUGUUCACGAGAUAAAUUUAAUUUCUGAUAAACUUUCCGCAUUUCACGCUUUUUUAAAUUCCGUGAAUUCCUAUAUCGAUUGGUCGAAUCCUGAAAGAACUCGAAAGGUGCUUUUUCGUUUAAUCUAUUUAUUUCCUACUUGGAUAAUCCUUAAUUACUUUAUAUCUUUGACCUGGAUUUUCACAAUCAUUGGAACAUUUUGUUUGGUGUGGAAUAGUCCAUGGUUUAUAAUGAGUCGAUUUACGCUUAUGCAAUCCCCACUAUUACGUGGAUUAUAUAGUCUUCUCCUUAACUUUUUAUUAGGUGGAGGAUUAAAAAAACAAGGUGGAGUUAUGUCAUUGUUUCGUAAAGCAAAAGAAGAACAAAAAAGGUUUGCCGAGAAAAAAAGUGAUUUACAAGAUUAUAACAAGAUUACAACAGAUUUGAUAUUUAAAUUUGUAUUAUAUGAGAAUCAACGUUGGUGGCUUGGAUUAGAUUGGACUCCGAAUUUAUUCCCUAAUGAGAGACCUCCUUGGUCUGACGAAUAUCAAGAACCACUCAAUCAUAAAGAUUCAUUUCCACUUCCUAAACAAAAAAUAACUUAUAACUCAUCUGAAGAUCAUAAAAUUCUUAUUAAAAAGACAACGGAAUGGCAAUGGACUGAUUUGAAAUGGUCAAUUGAUUAUGAAGGUCAUGUAGAUAAAGAUGGAUGGGAAUAUUUUGAUAAUCAAUGGAAAAAUCCUUCAUCUAAAAGUGGAUUUAGAAAGUAUACCCGUCGUAGAAAAUGGGUGAGAGCUGCUAAAUUAGUAGAAACUGUACAAAACAUUGGAUCAAAUUAA